GACCUGAAGAAGAGGCAGAAAAACCUGUGAAAACUAAGACUGUUUCUUCCAGUAAUGGAGGAGAAAGUUCGAGUCGCAGCGCAGAGAAACGGGCAGCUAAUGAAGAAGCUGAAGACUUCACCACAAAGCCUGCUCCUGCCAAAAUGUCCAAGUUUGGAUUUUCCAUAGGCAGUCAAACAGCAAAGAAGACAUCUGCAAUAUCCAUCAAACUAGGAGCAAAUAAGCCUAAAGAGCCUGUUCCAACUCUUGCUCCAAAAACCCUUUCCGUAGCAGCAGCUUUCAAUGAAGAUGAAGAUAGCGAACCAGAAGAAAUGCCUCCGGAAGCCAAGAUGCGCAUGAAGAACAUUGGAAGGGAUACACCAACCUCAGCAGGACCAAAUUCCUUCAAUAAAGGAAAGCAUGGCUUUUCCGACAACCAGAAGCUAUGGGAACGAAAUAUAAAAUCUCAUCUCGGAAACGUCCAUGACCAAGAACAUAACUAAACGAUGUGGAUUGAGAGUUGGGUGUAUGGGGGGAGGGAAGGGGUGUAACAUUAAAGGAACAGUUUCCUUUUUUUAAGAAUGGUAUAAGACUAUCUUUGGAGCCACUUUUUUAAGAUUUUGAGUGGUACACUAAUACCUGAGUUUGAAAUUAGAGGUAAUUUAUGUUUUGUAUACAGAUUUCAAGGCAUUUGCUAAUUUUGUAGUCCCAUGUGAUUAGUUUCAAAAGGUUAAGAUAAUAAAGAAAUUGGAGUGG